UAGAGUGAACAACGUUUACGCAAUUAACGGGUUUUGCGCUUCUUCGUUUAAUCGUCGGAUUUUUUCGUUUCAUUACAUUCAUGCACAAAUACACACACAGUAUACUUUAGUAUGUUGUCUGGAUAAACUGCGAAUUUCAUGGCAUUCCGUUGUGAUCUAAUCCAUUGAAUUCAGUAUUUUCAUACAUUCGGAUCGUCGUAUUUUUGAAAACUAUUCGCAUAUUUUCACUUUGCGGAUUAAAAUCGAAGAAAAAACAUCUAACGAUCAGCCGAAUUGACGUUAUUAAAAUAUUAAAAACAUAAAAAAAUAACAAAAAAAAACGACGAUUUUGUUUUACAACACCGAUUGCAGCUUCUUUGUGUAUCCGUGCAAGUAGUGCAUACAUACAUACAUAUAUACCUACAUACAUACGUACAUAUGUAUUGUUGUGCGUACUUGUCUACAUUGGUAUUUGCAAAAAAGAGGAAAUUCUUGAACGCCGCCAUAUUUAUUUUGCCACGACAAUAAAAAACAAGAUAUUACACUUACCACAUAUCCGCACCACGAAAGCAUGACAAAGCUGUAAAUAUAUGUACAUACAUACAUAGGCAUAUCUAAGCAAAGAAUCAAUGGGCGCACGACGCUUCAGUGUGGAAGUCAGUAAUUCUACCGUCAAAUUCCAUUAGCCAGAAUACUUGAGCUGCAUUCUUUUAACCUUUAAAUUUCAAGUGCCAAAAAUAAAGAGAUCAACAGCAAUAAUAAAACCAAUUUGUGUAUACGUGUGCGUGUAUAUUUUGAAAAAGUGUAAAUAUAAUAUAAGAAUCUGGAUCUACAACAAAGUAGUACUGUAGGGUGUCUGCAAUGUUCAGUGUUGCGGGUAUGCUUAUUAAUAAGUACGGAAAUUAACAGUUUUACACGUACACAAGUAUCUUUGCAUACAUAUUGACAAAGGUGUGUGUGUGUGUAAAUGAGAAGAAAUAUUAAGAAUGCAUAUCUUGCAUGAUCGCAAUUGUUGUAAGUAGUUUUAUAUUUAUGAUUGUGCUUAAAAAUAAUUUGGUGAAAAUAUGUAAAACAAACGAAUUGAAGUUUAAGAUGGAGUAAAAUAUUAUAGCUGGAUUCAAGAACCACUUAGAAACCCAUCAAAACCAGAAAAUCAACUUUGUUAACGGCUUUGCUUGACAAAACUUCGGUAUACUCAAUUCACUUGUGUCUCAUAUGUGUAUGUGCAUGCAUAAAUUUUGCUGCCACUAAUCUCUCUGCCUUACAUGCGUACUCAUAAAAGCUUUCUUUUUAUGCCUAUUGCCUUUCGUCAAGUGUCACUUGAAACUGUGCUUGAAACUGUGACUAAAAGUGUAUUUAAUCCCACUAAAUAAUUAGGCAGCUAACUUUUUUCCGCGCAUACAAAUAUUUUAGCACACAAAAAAAUGGGUGACUCUACGCCUAUAUGUCGGUGUCGCGUACUUUAUUUGGGCAGUGCUGUGCCGCGCCAGAGCAAGGAUGGGCUACAAGGUAUUCAAGAGCCACUACGCAGUCUGUAUCCUUCGGAAGGUGCCAUCGGCGCUAAAGGCAUUGAUUCAUGGUUAAGUGUUUGGUCAAAUGGAAUUCUACUUGAAAACGUUGAUGAGAAUUUAAAACAAAUUACGCGAUUUUUCCCCAUUGAAUCACUGCACUAUUGCGCUGCUGUACGUCAAGUUCUAAUACCAGAACGCGGAAAUUCUAAGACCGAACCGAAAUUUCUACCACUUGACUCACCGUUCGCUCGAAUGCCCCGCGCGCACCAUCCACCAAUAUUUGCCGCUAUACUACGACGUACGACUGGCAUCAAAGUGCUUGAGUGUCACGUGUUUAUUUGUAAACGGGAAGCUGCCGCAAAUGCUCUAGUCAGAUGUUGUUUUCACGCAUAUGCCGACAAUUCGUAUGCCCGUCAAUUGGAGACAGGUAGUUCUGGUGGCGGUGCUGGCAGCAGUGCCUAUGGCACGCUCAAAAGUGCCGUUGGUAGCAAAUCAAAUGGAGACCUAACUGGCAUCGGCUUGUCCAAUGGCAAUCAUCAUCAUAUAGGCGCCUCCUCAAGCCAAGGUGGGUGGCGUUCACGCGCCGGUAGUACCACCACCCUGAACAGUGUUGGCAGGCAAUCCAAUGGUCAUACUUUUAAUGGCACCAGUGGCAUCAGCCUGAAUGGUGGAGGAAGCAAUAGUAGUGCCGCUGAAGGGUACACAUCUGUGAAGAAUUUUUAUGGAAGUAGCGCCGAUUUGAAUGUAACCGUGGAUGACGGCGAGACUUCUAUAUACAAUGGAGAUGAGAACCACAAAGUCUGGAAUGGUUCGCAAGAUCAACUUGAUGCUAUAGCAGUAGAAAGUCCAUAUGAAGUGUUUUCGGGCAACACAUCCACUUUGGGACGACCUGUGAGAGCUCGUCAAAUAAGCACACCCAUCGAUGUACCUCCUCCACCGAUGCGAGAGGAAGCUUAUAAAAAACGUAAAGAUAAGGGAGCAUCAAAAACGCCUGGUAGCCAAAGCCUCUCCGGGACACUAAUACGUCCGAAGCCCAUUCAUCCAGUAACAUUGCAGCGGCACGGAGUUUAUGCUGGUGUUCCAGGAAAUGGCAUUUAUGGUCCAGUAGUUGGAUCUGGAGCAUAUCCAUCGCCACAAGGCUCACGAAACUAUCACACAAUCAGUCAUCGAGGUUUCCAUGGUGGUCCUCUGGGCCCACCUGCGCACAAUCAUUACCCUGGCAUGCCACCUCCGCCACAAAUGAUGCAUCCACCACAUAUGGGCAUGCCCAUGCAAAUGCCCGUCAUAAUGCCACAACAAUAUGCAACGCUGCAAUCCACGCGCACCACAAAGAAAAAGAAGGAUAAAAAGAGCAGUGGCAUACCUGUUGGAUUACCCAUUGUGCCACCUGUUUAUGCAUUCCAUCAGCCCAUGGGUGCAUCGCCGCAAUCGCAACCUGCUAUGGCGCAAUCCCUAAUCGGCGAACCGCGUCCACUAGCGAUGUCGAAUCGCAAGUUGGCAGUGUCCAUGGGCAAUGGACUCGAUGACGCACUCAAUUCGGGCACAGAAUCACCAGGCGGUACAGGCAUCUACCGACGAAAAGGUCAUCUAAACGAAAGAGCCUUCAGUUAUUCUAUACGCCAAGAGCACCGCAGCCGUAGUCAUGGCUCAUUAGCUAGUCUACAGUUUAAUCCACCUGACAUGAAGAAGGAACGCGAAAUUGCCCAAAUGGUAGCAGGACUUGACUUGAGUGCUAGCGAAGAAAGGGAAAUGGAUCGAAAACACAUGCACGCAAACAAUGGCGGUGGAGCUGGCAUUCAGCCGCCUCAAGCGAUUUACGGAAACGGAGUUACAACUGCGGUAUACGGCAACAACAUGGGUCCGGGCAACUUUGGCAAGGCUCGAAGAUAAAUCAAUUUGAUGGAAUGCAAUGGCAUUAUUGUGCAUUUCUAUUCAAAAGAGGUCAUAUAAAUAUGUUUUAAAGCAUGUGUAUGUAGUAUCAUUUUAAUAAUUACGGUAGGAUGGCAAAUAUAAUUUUGUAGCGUAAAUAUGUAAUUAUUACUAGGCUAAGUUAUGUGCGGACAUUUACAUAUCCGAUCUGUAUAUUAAUUUGCAAAAAAGGAAAAAAAAGAGGAACACGGUUUGGGACCUACAACAAAUACUGAAUUACAAAUGCGCCUAUUCAUACAGCUGUAAAAAUAAUAAUAAUAAUAAAGAAGGUAAAACCAAAGAGAUACCGGAGUAAAAACGUCGGCGGGUUCUUCUUUUGUAUGCGUUAGUAAUUUGCUCUCUUAUUAGCCUCUCAAUGCUUUUCCUUUAAAUUAAGAGUUUCUAACGCUGUAAAACUAUUUAAAGGAACAAAGAUUAUCAAUUAAGCAAAAUAUUAAUAUUUUAGAAAAAUAUACAUAUGGACACAUAAAACAUUUCCCAAAUAGUUGAGCCGCUUAAAUAUGCACUAUUUAUUUUUACUAAAACCACCGCUGGGUUGCAGUUGUUCAACGGGAUUGAAACCCUUAGAACUCAGUUAGUGUAGAAUUGACUUAAGUUAUCUGAACUUAACUUAA